GCUCCCAUGCGCCCCAGCGCUGCACCCCGGGUCCGGCCCCGGCCCCCUGCCUUGGUCCUGACCCCGGGACCAGAGUCCCCGACCUUCUUCAGCGGUGAGGACUCUCGUCGACACCGGCCGGGCAGAUCUGUCAGCUUCGAGGCGGAAAAUGGGCCGACGCCGUCCCCCGGCCGCAGCCCCCUGGACUCGCAGGCGAGCCCAGGCCUUGUGCUGCACGCUGGGGCGGCCACCAGCCAGCGCCGGGAGUCCUUUCUCUACCGCUCCGACAGCGACUAUGACAUGUCACCCAAGACCAUGUCCCGCAACUCAUCGGUCGCCAGUGAGGCGCACGCAGAGGACCUCAUUGUAACGCCCUUUGCCCAGGUGCUGGCCAGUCUCCGCAGCGUCCGAAGCAACUUCUCACUCCUGACCAAUGUGCCCAUUCCUAGCCACAAGCGAUCCCCGCUGGGAGGCCCCAGCCCAGUCUGCAAGGCCACACUGUCAGAGGAGACAUGUCAGCAGCUGGCCCGGGAAACUUUGGAGGAGCUGGACUGGUGCCUGGAGCAGCUGGAGACCAUGCAGACCUACCGCUCAGUCAGCGAGAUGGCGUCGCAUAAGUUCAAAAGGAUGCUGAACCGCGAGCUCACACACCUGUCAGAAAUGAGCAGGUCGGGGAACCAGGUCUCAGAGUACAUUUCCACGACAUUCCUGGACAAACAGAAUGAAGUGGAGAUCCCGUCACCCACGAUGAAAGACCGAGAGCCGCAGGAAGCACCGCGACAGAGACCUUCCCAGCAGCUCCCACCCCCCGUGCCGCACCUGCAUCCCAUGUCACAGAUCACGGGGGUGAAGAGGCUGUCACACAGCAGCAGCAGCCUGAACAACGCCAGCAUCCCCCGCUUCGGGGUGAAGACGGAUCAGGAGGACCUCCUGGCCCAAGAACUGAAGAAUUUAAGCAAGUGGGGCCUGAACAUCUUUUGCGUGUCCGAUUAUGCCGGGGGCCGCUCGCUGAGCUGUAUCAUGUACACGAUUUUUCAGGAACGGGACCUGUUGAAGAAAUUCCGCAUCCCUGUGGACGCGAUGGUGACGUACAUGCUGACGCUGGAAGACCACUACCACGCCGACGUGGCCUACCACAACAGCCUGCACGCCGCCGACGUGCUGCAGUCCACGCACGUGCUGCUGGCCACGCCGGCCCUGGACGCGGUGUUCACAGACCUAGAGAUUCUCGCGGCCCUCUUCGCAGCUGCCAUCCACGAUGUGGACCACCCUGGGGUCUCGAACCAGUUCCUCAUCAACACAAGUGAGCCGUCCUCUUCCGGGCACAUGACCCUCCUAGCUGACCUGAAGACCAUGGUGGAAACUAAGAAAGUGACGAGCUCCGGAGUUCUUUUGCUGGACAACUACUCCGACCGCAUUCAGGUCCUUCGGAACAUGGUGCACUGUGCAGACCUCAGCAACCCCACCAAGCCGCUAGAGCUGUACCGCCAGUGGACGGAUCGGAUCAUGGCCGAGUUCUUCCAGCAGGGCGACCGCGAACGUGAGCGGGGCAUGGAAAUCAGUCCCAUGUGUGACAAGCACACAGCCUCGGUGGAAAAGUCGCAGGUGGGUUUCAUCGACUACAUCGUGCACCCGCUGUGGGAGACGUGGGCGGACCUGGUGCACCCAGACGCGCAGGACAUCUUGGACACGCUGGAGGACAACAGGGACUGGUACUACAGCGCCAUCCGGCAGAGCCCAUCGCCGCCCCCGGAGGAGGAGCCCCGCGGGCCUGGCCACCCCGCCCCACCCGAUAAGUUCCAAUUUGAGCUGACGCUGGAGGAGGAAGAGGAGGAGGAGGAGGAGGAAGAGGAGGAGGAGAAGGAGGCAUCCCCAGCCCAGGAUUUGUUGGAAGCUCAGGGCUCAUCCAGGGCUGAGGAGCCAGUGAAGUUCAAGGGCCAGGAGGCUGAGACAGGGCAGUCGCCACUGGGUUUGGGCUUGGCGCAGGAGUCCAUGGACGCCGGGAGCUGCGAUCUGUCCCUCCUGCCUGCCUUGAGGACCCGUUUCACGCCAGAGGACUCCCCGGGCCUUCCGGGCCUCCCCUCCAUGGCGGCCGAGGUGGGGGCCCAAAGAGAUCAUCAGGCCGCCAAGAGGGCUUGCUGCGCGUGUGCGGGGACGCAAGGGGAGGACCCAGUCUUCCUCCCGGCUCCGGGCGGGUGGGAGUCAGGCGGGGACCCUCCCUGAGCAGCCACAGCCCGGUCACCCCGAUGCCCGCGUCCCCCACUCCCUACCGACCACCUCUUCCGCUGCCUCGAAGACUCUUGGCCCUCUUGAGAAAAAAGAAAACAGAAAAGUGGGGGGUUUUCUCUUUUCUUUUUUUCCCCUUUCCCCCCACCCAUGGGGCCUUUUUUUUGAGGUGGGGGCCGGGGAGCAAGGGGUCGAGGUCCCAGAACGGAUUUUAUUUUUUGAAUUUUAAUUGUAACAUUUUUAGAAAAAAGAACAAAAAUCAGAAAAAAAAAAAAAAAGGAUGAAACACAGCAACUGUAGAUGCCCCCCACGCCACUCCUGGUUCCCCAUUUUACACCUCCAAACCCCUCUCCUCCCUCCACACCCCCCAGGUCUCAGCCUUCGUCUUCCGGCCACUGGGCUUCCUCUUUUGGACCCAAACCCGGAUGGGGGGCCUCGUUGCCGGCUUUCCUUCUGAGGUUUGGGGGGGCUCGAGCACCCAGCCGGAGUAGCCAUCUGGGCAGGGCCGGCGGGGCAGGGGGCCGCUGCGGAAGCCUCUCGCUCUCCCUCCCCACCAAGUCUCCGGCUUCAUUUUUGCACAAUCCUAGCCAUAUUCGGGGUCGGUGGAGCUGCUCUCUUGAUGCAGGGGGCCGGUGGUCGCCAGGCCUGAGAGCGGAGAGCGGGCCCUGAUGCCCUCUGCCCACCGCCUCCCUCCGCGCCCCCUCUGGGUUCACUUUGAAAUCUCCAGUUUGCAUUGGAGGAGGGGAGUUUCCCAUCGCGCAUGCGCGCACGAACACCCCGGCCCUCCUUCCCGCUGCUUUUCCUCUUGUUUCUGCCUUAAAGAUCCUGUGGCCAGAGGAGACGGGGCCGCGCUGGCUCCCACCUGCACCCAGAGUCCCCACCCCUGGCGGCCACGCACCCCACAGUGUCCUCCUGAACCCCCUCUCCGACUCCCACCUCGCCGCCACCUCUUUGCCCUGAAAGGAAGCAAUAACGGUGUAUGCCCACAUCCCCCACCCUGGGCACCCCUUUCCCCCGUCCCCUGUCCCCAGCUAGUCCCUGAGCAAUAUGACGGACAGAUGAAGGCCAUCUUCUCCAAGCCAUGGGGGACCGCAGGGAAGGAAAGAACCCCCUCUCCCCCGUCCCUGUGCCCCUCAGUCUGGCUCUGCAGCCCGGCCGGGCGGAGGCUUAUCACGCGUCUCCUCCCCCCAACUCUGAGCACACAGUACUGUAGCCCCCACUUCUCCCCAGCCUGCCGUCUGUCUGUCCCCGUCCCCCUACUGCUGUACAGGGUUCAUUUUUGUAGCGAAAGUAGUUCCUGUCCCAGCCGAUGACUCCCGAAUGGGCCUUCUUUUCUUUUCUUUUCUUUUUUUUUUUCUUUUUGUACAUACUGUAAGGUCGGUUUGUAAAUUACUCUCCAGAGGCAAAAGGGAACAUACACUCGCCCUUCCCUGCUGACCCAGUUGGGAAGGGGAGAGGGGUCUCCAGUGGAGGCCCAAUCCCUGCUGUAUUAUACAAAUCACCACAUCCCCCAGAAGGGCGGACUCCUGGGGUGUAGGGCCAUGGUGACACCUCAGGCUCCCGGGCUGAGUAGAGCGGGCGCCCUGUGCCUUCCCCAGACGCCGGGGCACUGGCCAGGUGACCCCGCCUCACAAGGCCCGAGAGCUGCUGGUGUGUUCCCUCUCCAGCCAUCGAUGGUUAAGUUCUCCAGUCUUGUCACCAAUUAAACCGAGGCUUUCACCGAC